GUAUAGUAUAAUACCAUCAUCUUUGUGGAUUAUCCUUGGUUGCAUGCAGAAUCUUUUUCUGGAAAACAUCCAUGGGAAAGUGUUCCUUCAAGGACUCUCUAAAGGCUCUGGAAGCUGAUAUUCAGUAUGCUAAUACUCUCUGAAUGCUACUCAGUUUUUCUUGAGGUGGUAAAGUGGGACCUUGAAGCUGGGAUUUUUUUAAAGAAAAGGGCAUUGGACCAUCCAAGGGAAAGAGAUGGAGGGUGCUUUCAGAUGAGGAUAUCUUACAGUCCAGCAGCUCCAAUUUUUCUAUUUCUUGUUCAGUGGGCUGAUUACCGCUUGGCUGGUGCUCUGGGUUUGCUCAGAGUUCUAAUUUAUGUGACUUAUGGAAAUGGGAAUAAUACAAUGUCAAUAUAUGAAAGGAAAGCAAGCAUCAGACAAUUUUACACUGUUAUAUUUCCUGCUCUGUUGCAACUUGAGAAAGGCAUCACGGAUUUGGAGGAAAGGAAGCAGAAAGAAGUGGCUCUUAGGUACAAAGGAAAGAGUGGCUUCACGGAGAGAACACUGUCUGAUAUUGACAUUGAAAGAGAAGAGGAAUGUGGAGUUUGCUUAGAGGUGAAAGCUAAAGUUGUGUUGCCAGAUUGCUGCCACCAUAUGUGUUUGCAGUGCUACAGAGAUUGGUGUCAGAGGUCUCAGUCUUGCCCCUUUUGCCGGAAUAGCCUGAAGAGAAUCAACUCCGGGGACCUUUGGAUUUACACAGACAUGAAUGAUGUUGUUGAUAUUGGGACAAUUUCCAGAGAGAAUUGCAAGAGGCUGUUUCUUUACAUAGAGAAGUUGCCUUUAAUUGUUCCAGAUCCCAGAUACGUGUUCUAUGAUCCAUUUCUGAGAUGAGUUUCUGAGAUGUGUUGUGUGGGCUGCACCAAGGAUUUUGGAAAACAGUGUUUGUUCACCUUACUUGUACAUGCAUUUUAGACCAGAAUUUAGUUGUAUAUAUUUAAUUGCCUUUGUUCCAACCUGCUUCAAGUGGGUGAUUUAGUCCUAACCCAAGUUCCAGUAUUCUGUUAUGAUUUCGUGAUUUACUCGUUAUAUUAUAUAAUAAUGUUCCUAGUUUUUUAGGUAA